AGCUUUUAUUGGUCGUGAUCUUGAACUAGUUCAGCGAAUGGCCCUAUCAGCGAAGCAAAAAAGCCAAAACAAGCGCUUUACUGAUAACACCCCGCUCACAACGAUAGCGCAUGGCGAUAACGCCGUGCUUUUAAACUGCCGGCAGUUUUAUUUCAGCACAAUGCCGAAUCGCCCGAAGCGGAAGAAAGAUCGCUGCAAUUUAGUUCAGUAUAUCCUGGCAUUUUCCCUAUGCCUCCUUUUUCUGCCAAUUCCAGUCGAUGGAAUGCGAUGCCGGAUUCCGUACGAGAGAGUCCGGGAAAACUACUGCUACUUUGUGGCCGACGAAGAACCGCUGCACACAUCGUUCCACAACUUCUGCUACCAGGACAAGCGCACUUCGCGGGUCUGCCUGGACAGUGACGAGGAGAUGCGGUUUCUGGCCCAGCACCUCUACGAGAUGGGCUACCCGAAUGGGACCCAGUUCUGGAGUGCCGGCCACCGGUGGCCAGGGGACAACCGCUUCUACUGGAACUACUUCGGAAGAGCCCGCCCACUGGUCUACACGAACUGGGCGCCGGACGAGCCCACUCCCGAAAUGGGACGCAAUUGCCUGAUCCUCACGUUGCAAGGUGGCGAACUGAUGAUGAGCAGCGAAUCCUGCUAUAAGCGAGCUGUCGACAUCUGUGAACAGACGCUGAAUGGCACCGAUUCGCUUUCCAUUAUGCACUGAUCGCCAGAUAUUCCUCAACAUAUCUACAAAUGUACCUACACAUACAUAUCUCGAAUUUUUCUGAUUUUUAAUUUCAAAAAGAGGUUCUAAAAUAAUAAUAAAACAAGAAAGGAAGCAACCUUCGGCAAGCCGAAGUUUAUAUACCCUUGCAGCUAUUGCAAAAAUUUAAUAUUCUUGAAAACAUUAAAAUUAUGAUUAACUUGCGUAUAUGUUUAAAAACAAUGAUGUAUUUUUAUUGUUUCCAUAGGAGCUAUAUGAUAUAGUCGUCCGAUUUUAAUGAAAUUAAAACCGUAAUUUUGAUUUUACUAUAUGUCGAAUAAAUAAAAAAAAUUAAAAAACAGCAAAGUUAUAAUUAUUUUUUAUUUAUAUUUCCGAUUCUUCCUAUGGGAGCUAUAUGCUAUAUAUACUUUAUAGGGUCGAAAAAAGUCUCCUUCACUGCGUUGCAAACUUGUGACUGAAAUUAUAAUACCCGGGUAUAAAGAUAUUGUAAUUUGAAGGAGUAAAUUUAAUACUUAAGCUGGUUGAAAUUGUGUUACUGAUAUCGCAGCUAGCCGCACUUGCUGCGGUGAUGGCUUUCGACUUACCUUUCGAAAUGCAAUAAACUUUUUAUCAGAACAGAA